AUGCCCAAGAAACGAGAAUUCUCACCUUACUGGAUUGUGGAUUUACCUGACGAAAAUAUAGUACAUCAAAUUGCCAGUAGAGCAGUUUCAUUACGAUUUUGUUUAGAACUUUGGGCACAAGGUAAACAAAAUGAGGACUUACAUGAUUCUUUGAAAACUUACUUGAUCAAAAAUACUGAAACUAUCGCUAAAGACAAGAAAAAAUCGUUUAAGAUCAUAGUGGAAACUUUCUGUAAACACUUCUCACAACGUGAGAAAAUAAAUAAAAUCGAAUCUUUUAGUUAUCUACCUCUUGAAGGACCAGUUAAAUUGAAAAAUCCAGAUAUUAAUUUAUGCUAUAUAGAAUAUUAUGGACUUAAUCCCAACGACAUUCCUGAAGACCCCUAUGAAUAUUUUUUUGGAAAAUGGAUUGCUGAUGGUCAGCGAGACUUAAUUCAAAAGUUGGCAUUAAAAACUAGAAAAUUUAUAGGAAACACUUCAAUGGAUCCUCAACUGUCGCUGAUAAUGGCAAAUCAGGCGCAAGUUCAAAACGGAGAUCUAGUUUUCGAUCCAUUUGUGGGAACAGGCUCUUUGUUAAUUGCCGCGUCUCAUUUCGGAGGCUAUACAUUUGGAACGGAUAUUGAUUUCUUAAUGCUCCAUGGCCGUACGAGACCUACACGGAUAUCGCAAAAAACAAGAGAAAAAGACGAAAGUAUCGCAACGAAUAUGCGUCAAUAUGGAAUGAGUUCUUAUUAUCUUGAUGUUGUGGUGGCUGAUUUUUCAUAUCCAUUAUGGCGGACAGAUUUACGAAUAGAUGCUAUUGUAACGGAUCCACCUUAUGGUAUAAGGGAAGCUACUGAACGAAUAGGUACUAUGAAAAUCAAUCCAGUAAUAGAGGAGCAUCAAGCGACUUCUCAUAUUCCUUCAAAAAUUGUUUAUGGCCUGAAUCAAAUAUAUAAUGAUUUGUUAUGUUUCUCUGCGAAACAUUUGAAGUUUUAUGGAAGACUAGUCUGUUGGUAUCCAUUAUUUAGAGAUCAGUACGCGGAAGAUCAAUUACCGGCCCAUCCUUGUUUAGACUUAAUAGCUAACUCCGAACAAAUAUUGAGUAAUUACACUAGCAGGAGAUUAUUAACUUACAAAAAAGUUAAAGAACCAGAGGUAACCGAUGAAAGUAUUAUUAUGAAUCUAACUGAUUUCCGUGAAAAGUAUUUUGCAUUACGUGAGGAAACGAGAAAGGAGAAACGAAUGAGAAAAGCUGCAGAAAGAGCGAAAAGACGAGAGGAGUGGGAACAUAGUAACAAGGAAAUUACUGAAAGAUGACUGUAGAAUAACUUUAUACAGUAUUGUAUAAAAAAAGCAGAUAUUCUUUUUCAUUUUUAUAUACUUUCAUUACGAGGAUGAAAAGAUAUAUAAUUUAUAUUAUUAUUCAAAAUUAUUUGUUAAAGUGACUAUUUGGUAUUUCUUAGUUAUUAUGUACAGAAUAUUGUUAAGGUUGAUAAAAUCAAAGUUAACUGCAAUGAUUUAAAAAUAAAUGAUAUAUUUUGCACACAUC